CUAAUCGGGUCAGCCCAACUACAGUUGGGAAAAUGAAAACAUAUGCAUCAACUGUGUGGGAGACUGAACUUACACAAUCUAGUUUAUUGCUCCAUGCACACACACAAGACCAUCGAGUUCGCGUUUACGAUGGGUGAUGAUCUUGGAAGAGAAGGGAACAAAGAAGAGAAGAAACUUUUCACAAUUCCAACUGCGAAGGAUAUCGCAAGAUUGGAGCAUGGGAAGUCAAAGGUCAAGUCCUACUUCAAGAGCCAAUUUGGAAACCAACUAACGUCGACCAGUGGAAAGAGUACUUCACUAAGUGUAGCCAAGACAUCCGAGAGUUCAACCAAUGCAACCACACUAGCAGCUGAGACAGCCAAUCAGGCUGUACAAGAAAAAAACAAUGUGACCAAUAAGGUUGACAACACAAAGGAGUCAACUGGCAAUGACCUCAACAUUGAUGCCUCCACUGCAUAUAGGAGUACAGAACCGAGUACCUCUGACAAUGUGCAAGAUAAGGGCGCCAAGAGGAAAAUUGGUUCAUCGUUUGCUGAUAAGUUUGCUGCAUUGAGAGAUGCACCUGACUAUGAGGCUCCAUUGAAUCCAGCCAAGAGGCCAAUGUUAUCUACUGCAAUUUUAGCAGCUCCAGUAUCAAUCAGUAAUAAAGCACCGACUGGAGCCAAUAGCAUCAUUGUCAAUACAAGACAGCGAGGCAAUCCUAUUUUGAAGCAUAUCCGUAACAUUCCAUGGGAGUUUGGUGACAUUGUGCCUGAUUAUGUGAUGGGUAGAACUGUAUGUGCACUGUAUCUGAGUUUGAGGUACCACCAUCUUAACCCCAACUACAUCCACAACAGACUCAAAGAUCUUGGUCAUCACUAUGAACUCAGGGUGCUACUCGUACAGGUUGAUGUGAAAGAUCCACACCAUUCACUGAAGGAGCUAGCCCGCAUGGCUCUGAUGUCAGAUUGUACUCUUAUACUAGCAUGGAGUACUGAAGAGGCUGGACGAUACUUGGAAACGUACAAGUCAUAUGAAAAUAAGUCAGCUGAUGCUUUGAAAGAAAAAAUAGACACAGAUUACCUAUCAAAGGUGACCGAUGUUUUAAGUACAGUCAGAUCUGUCAAUAAGACAGAUGCAGUUACAUUGGUCUCAACAUUUGGGACAUUUGAGAAGAUCAUCUCAGCAUCUCAAGAAGACCUAUACCUGUGCCCAGGAUUCGGCCCACAGAAGGCAAAGAAACUCUUCAAUAUCCUUCAUGAGCCUUUCUUGAAAGCCAACAAGAAGCCACAGAAGACUUCAGCAAAUGAAAAUGAAGAAAAAAAGCAGACUGAAGACAAGACUGAAGAAGUGACAGCAGCAGAUGGAGAAAGUGCUGCAGCUGUAGCAUCAACAUCAACAGAAACUGCAGCAUCCUCUGCUAUCUCAUGAUGAACAAACACUCCUCGAAUUUAGACCAAAGAGCUCAUCAAAGUUGCCAAUAUUUUCACAAAAGCACAUCGGGCAUGAUGUUUUGCAUACGACCAGUGAAUUACUUGCCUACCAGGAUAUGCCAUGGAAUGUAUAAGGUAACUCUAUUUUGGAGACAAAGUUGACAUAAUGCACUUUUGUGGAUUGGGUUUUCAGUCCCUACUUGAAUGCGUUGGUUUCCCUGGAAUUUCUUAUUGAGCACGAGGGCUAACCGACAUACAUUUACUGUAUUGGUUUUUAAAGCAAACACACAGAUUUCGCACCAAAAUAUGAGACUAAUAUAUGCCUGUUCCAUUGACACCCACGACUUAAAAGUCUAGUCCUCCUGUCGAGCUGUUUUUACUUAGUUUGAUAAUUGAGGAAAUAUUUGAUACUUAGUAUUUUACUCGUCUGUUCAAUUCACAUUUUCAAUAAUACAUUUCUAAUUUAUGAGUUUGUGGUUAGAAUUUAGUGAUAGAAAUGAACAGUGCACGAAUGAAAUAUUCAGGGAAAAGAAGAAAUAAAAUGUUGUUUAUUUUUAUUGAAACCAUAUCUUGAUUGAAUUCAUUUUAUUGUUGCCAGUGCUUAUGAUGUAUUUUAUUAUAAACUGUGGCUUCUAGUGCUCAUACAUGCACAUGAUGCUCAAGUUGCUUCAAUAUUCAGUAGAGUGUCAUGGCCGAGUGGUUAGAAGCAUCGAAUUCAAGUUCUGGUGCUAAUUCACCGGAGUGAGGGUUCGA